AUGCUUCCAAUGCUUCGGUUGGCGGCGAGCGUGUUGUUGCUAAACACCGUCUCUGCAUCGCCCUGGCUCGUAGCUCGCACAAACUCGUCUUCAUCUGGAGGAGUCUCUUCAUCAGAAGGACAAUGGCAACACGGAGGACCUCCAUCCAGUCAUAGCGCGAUCGUCAACACAACAGGAAACGAACCAGCAAGCAGCGAACAGGCUCAACUACUGUCAGUGCCUGUUGUCCCUUACGGUGGCAGUGGUGGAUCAGCAUACCAUGGACCAGCUUGGAUAUCAUCGGGACAUGGCUUGCAUCCAAGUCUAUCGCAAUCGCAGACCAAUGGCGGCUGUGAGCUCGGAACUUUGAAUGCAUCGAAACUGCCAGAUUUUGUGCACAGCGGUCCUAUGCCUGGAGGGAAGCCUUGGGGUGACAGGACUUGCAAAGACACCAACCAAUUGGACGAUACGCCAAACACCGGCAUGACCAGGCAUUACGACUUCACCGUCAGCAAUAUGGUAAUCGCGCCAGAUGGUGUGGAGAAGAACGCUGUGGUCAUCAACGGCCAGUUCCCUGGCCCGACUAUCGAAGCAAACUGGGGAGACUGGGUCGAAGUCGUUGUACACAACCACCUUGAGGAAGGUACUGCGAUUCACUGGCAUGGUCUUCUGCAGAAGGAUACGCCAUGGAUGGACGGUGUACCAGGAGUCCAGCAAUGUCCAAUCGCCCCAGGCUCGACAUUCACCUAUCGCUUCCGAGCAGACUUGUACGGCAGCACCUGGUACCACAGCCACUACUCGGCUCAAUAUGCAGGUGGUGCUUUCGGUCCACUGGUCAUCUAUGGACCCCACGACAAUGCCGAGUAUGAUGAGGACUUGGGCCCUGUCCUCAUCCACGACUGGUUCCACAAAGACUGGUUCAGUCUGGUCGAGCAAGUCAUGGCACCGGAAACCGAGAAGCUGCCUCCGCCGCCUUCCAACAACGUCCUCAUCAACGGCAAGAUGAAUUAUCCUUGCUCGAAUGCAACUGGCUACAAGUGUACGCCAAACGCCGGUGUGUCGAAGUUCAACUUUGAAUCUGGAAAGACCUAUCGCUUGCGCGUGAUCAACUCUGGCGCCGAGGCCAUGAUGAAGUUCAGCAUUGAUGGGCAUGAAAUGUCAGUCAUUGAGAAUGACUUCGUGCCGAUCGUGCCCUACACUACGGACGUCCUGACACUGGCAGUCGGCCAGCGGUCCGAUAUUCUGGUCAAGGCUACCGGGAAGCCAACUGAUGCAGUCUGGAUGCGCGCGGAUAUGGGCCCAAGCUUCUUCAAGGGUGGUUGCUCCAUCCACGACGGCGUGUCGCCGCUCGGUGUCGCUGCGAUCUACUACGAGGAUGCCGACACGACAGCCGCCCCGACUACCAACUCGACCGUCCCAGAGUCAGCCUUGACCUCCUGUCAGAACGAUCCCCUUAGCUCGACUGUCCCAUACUACAGCUUAACACCACCAGCCAAUCCCGAAACGGUCCAGAAUGUCGAUAUCACAUUCCAAAGCAACGGCACCAACAAGCUCUUCUACAUGAACAACUCCACUUUCCGCGUGAACUUCAACGAUCCUGUCCUUCUCAAAGCCAAACUCGGCCAUUCGGAUUAUCCAGCUUCAUACAAUGUCUACAACUUCGGCCAAAGCAAGAGCAUCCGCAUGAUCGUCUUCAACCAUGCACCCACAGGCGCACACCCUAUGCACAUGCACGGACACAACAUGUACAUCCUCGCCGAAGGCUAUGGCUCCUGGGACGGGACCGUCGUGAACCCGAACAACCCACAGCGAAGAGAUGUUCAGGUCCUGCCGAACUCGAAGUCACCAGAUAAUCCGGCGUACAUUGUGGUGCAGUUCGAUGCCGACAACCCUGGUGUUUGGCCAUUUCAUUGUCACAUUGCGUGGCAUGUUUCAGGUGGAUUGUAUCUAAACAUCCUGGAGAGGCCGGAUGAUAUCCAGAAAGACAUGGCAAUUCCUGGUGUUAUGGCGCAGACGUGUCGGGAUUGGAGUACUUGGACGGGUCAGAAUGUUGUGAAGGAGAUUGAUUCUGGACUUUGA